UGAAAAUUAAAUAAUAUAUCUUCAACCAUGUUUGACCUUAUUUGGAGCUUCAACUCCGCUUUGGCUUGGCUCAUUGGUAUCUACACUUUCGUCCACAGCAUGUGUAUGAUCACCAGGUGUCUCAUCAGGAACUUCAUCAGGAAGCCUCUGGAUCUUACCCAGAGAUACGGCAGAGGCUCUUGGGUGGUCAUCACAGGUCCGACCGGAGGUAUCGGAACAGAGUACUGCAAGCAGCUGGCUAAGCAAGGCUUCAACCUGGUGCUGCUUGGCAGGAACAAGCAGAAGCUCGAUGAUUUAGAAGCCGAACUUAAGAGAGACCACCCACAGCUGAAGACAAAAAUUGUGGUUGCUGACUUUGGAGAGGAUAUAUCACCUGAGUUUUACGAGAAGCUAUACAACCAAAUGAAAGAUUUAGAUGUAUCAAUGCUCAUAAACAAUGCUGCUUGGCUUAAAAUAACUUACUUUGGAGAUCUUCCCCCUGCCGAAACUUUAUCACGUGCUAAGCUAAAUAUGGGAGGGCCUGCUCUCCUAAUUAGUUUCUUCAUCAAUGACUUUUUAAAGAGAGCUACUAAAACCGCAAUUAUCAAUAUCUCCUCUCUUGGGAGUACAUUUCCUUUCCCAUACACUGCAGAUUAUUCGGGAUCGAAGAGGUUCUUGUCUCUGUUGUCGUACUACCUGCAUGACAACUACGGAGAUAAAAUUGAUGUCCAGGACUUGAACCCUGGAGUGGUAACAACAAAGCUUGGAGAGUAUAGAGAUGGGCCAGAAGCUAUCUCUCCUGAAAGAUGUGUUAAGAGUAGUUUGAGAGACCUAGGCCAAGAGUUCUCAACAGUUCCUACAGUUGUUCAUAGCUUGAGUGGCCAGUUUGUUCAUGUCCUGUACAGAUUCUGCAAACCUAUUUACAGCAACAUGUUCGUGAACGUUGUAGAGAAUGCAGUUAUGACGAACUUUUAUAAAGAGAAUCGGGACAAGAUUUAUGGUAUAGAGUAAUCUAGUUUCAAUCUUGA